AUGGUCCUUACCCAGCCCUUACAGUCAUGCCUAAACAUCAACGGCAUAGGUCUUACCACAAGCUUGUUGAACUGCGUCUUGUAUGCCUUGAUAGUAUUGGGGCAAGCAGCAGCCAUGGAACUGUUGAAAAGGCCGGUAUCGGUGACACUUCAGGACACCAUCCGACAGUUCCAGGCCAAACCGGGCUUGUCUACCCCUGGCAACGUCACGAAGCUUACGGACGACGGUCUAUUCCAGGGACAGAUUGUCUGGACGAAAUUUACCUGGCCGGCUGUCCUUGGCGGCGAAGAGGUUUACAUUUGGGGAAGCUUCAACGACUGGACGAAGGGCGUCCGGCUGCACAAAGCGGGACGUGACCGGGAUGCUGUCCUGAUCCUGCCCUUGCAGCCUGGCACUUACGAGUUCAAGUUCGUGGUUGACAAGGUGUGGACCCCCGCACCCCACGAACCCACGGUCACCAAUGCAGAGGGGCAUCUGAACAACUACCGGGUCAUUGCGCCCACUGUCAGCUUCUCCAUCAAGGCGCCGAGGGCGGAUAACGUUUUCGUGGUUGGUGACUGGGACAGCUGGCAGUACUCGCUAGUCUUGAAGAAGGACCCCGCCACAGGGACGUUCACGGCUAAAGCACAUCUUCCGCCCGGCCAGUACUCGUACUCCUUCCUGGUGGAUGGCACCCUCUCCACAGACCCCGCUCAGGCGGUGCACCCCAAUGAGGAGUACGGCGAAGUACACCGGACCUGGAGCUUCGAGCCCAACUUGUUCCGGAUCUUUUACUGCACCGGCUGGGACGAGGCGGUGCUGCAGUACCGGAGGGUGGAGUGGCAGCGGCUGAGUCUGGUUAACGCCCCCAGCCGCGGCAACUCGCUGGGCGUGUGGAAGAUGGCCACCAUCGUACCCACUGACCCCUCCGAGAGUCUGGAGUUCACCCUCAACAACGGGGCCGGUGGGGACAAGCUGAAGGAGGACCGACCAGGGAGCGCACCGCUGUACGUGUGCCCCUUCCCGGGCUCCUUCAAGCUGGCCAAGGGCAUGCUGAGGCCCUUCCCGAGGGGGGCGGAGUCGCGAAUCAUGCUGGUGAGUGACAUUGACGGCACCAUGAUCGGCGACAUGAGCUGUCCUGACGCCUUCUCCUCCAGCCACCGGUUCGCCGAGUACUGGGAGAACAGCGCCUCGCUGGCGGGGUCCCUGCUGGUCUACAACACGGGGCGCAGCCUGGGCCAGUUCGUGGACCUGAUGAAGAAGUGCGACGGCAAGUUGGCCAUUCCGGAUGUGGUCAUCACGGCAGUGGGAACCAAGGUGUGGCACCUGGACGAGACGUGCGGUCGCUGCGCCGCCUCGGGUCUCAAGUGGAUCGAGGACCUGAUGGCGCACUUCAACGAUGAGGCCACGCUGUGCGUCCUGGACGACGGCUCGGAGCAUCGCCACCGCAUCGCGCUGACUGCGGACGUCAGGGUGCUCGAGUACGUCAUGGGGCGGCUCAUGGAGGGGUUUCAGCGGGAGAAGCUCGAGGUGCGCAUCAUCACCAGCGGUAACGGCAGCCACCGCUACAUCGACUGCGUGCCGGUCUCGGCCGGGAAAGAGAAAGCACUGCAGUACGUGCGAAAGCACUUUGGCGUGCCUGAACACCUGUGUGUGGCUGCGGGCGACAGCGGCAACGACAUCCUCAUGCUGGAGGGCGACCACCCCGCCAUUGUGGUGGGCAAUGCGCAGCCGGAGCUGCUGCAGUGGCUGGUGCGACAGCAGCAGAGCGGCAAGGUCAUCUACGCGGACGCCUGCUACGCAGACGGCAUCCUGGAAGGACUGGCCCGGCACAGCUUGUACUGA